AUGAACAGAGAUAACCGUUUCUGUGGAUGGAUUGACGUAGAUCUGAGCGAAGAAGGAGAAAAACAAGCCAGAGAUGCAGCAGAGCUAAUGAGACCAUACAAUUUUAGAUUUGGUCAUGUUUACACUUCCAUCCUAAAAAGGUCGCUCAACACUGCACAAAUAGUCUUGGAGACGUUAAAUCACCCUGAAGUCGAAAUAACGAGAACUUGGAGGCUUAAUGAACGACACUAUGGAGCACUUCAAGGAUUAGAUAAGGAGGAAACUGCUAAAAAGUUCGGAGAAGCGAUGGUCAAAGUUUGGAGAAGGUCAUAUGAUAUUAGACCACCCCCAGUUGAAGAGUCAAGUGAACAUUACCCAGCGAAUAAUCCAGUGUUUGACGUGGUUCCAAGGGAGUUCCUGCCUAACGGAGAAAGCUUAAAGCUAACAUUGGAGAGAGUUAUGCCGUUUUGGGAAUCAGAGAUAGUACCUGAGCUCAGAAAGGGUAAACCCGUUCUUGUUGCUGGUAUGUAUAUUAGAUCUUAUUUUAUUUUAGCACAUGGUAACAGCCUGAGGGGGUUGAUAAAGAUGUUGGAUAAAAUGACAGAAGCAGAGAUUAUGGAGUUCAACCUUCCAACAUGUGUUCCAGUAGUAUACGAACUUAAUGAAGACUUAUCCGUGAAGAGUAAAAAGUACCUUUUAGAUGAGGAAUCUUUGAAGGUUAGUUACACAUUAUCUACCCACCACAAUCAACAACAAUUAAAUAUGAUAAUAGGCCAAGAUGCAAGCAGAAAGCAACGUAAUCAGAAGCGGAUCAAAAGAUCAAAAUGCUUGAUUUGUUUUUGA